AUGCGGUAUCAGUCGCUCCGCUCGGAGAUCCAAACCGCGUGGGAAACUGAGAAGACAAACCAGAGCGAACUCUUGCCCCACAUUUUGACGCAUGCCCUCGAAUUGGCCAGUCUGCCAAGUGGUGACACUCUCAAUUCUCGGCCUACGCCUCAGGGCACCGGUGCUGAUGGGGAGAUGCGGUCGACCGCACUGCCCGCUGGUAAGAAGAGACUUCUCAGAUGGUUCGAUGAGAAAUAG